AUGACCAAUGGUUGGAAAGUCAGACAGUUUGACUUUAAUAAUGCUUUUCUUAAUGUGGAUCUGCAUGAAACCGUACAUAUGGUACAGCUAAAGGGAUAUGAGCUCGGUUUUGGGCUUGUCUACAAAUUAGAAAAGGCACUCUACCGGUUGAAGCAAGUGCCUCGUGCGUGGUACCUAAAAUUGAGUAGCACACUUCACCAGUUUGGCUUCAAAAGUACCAUCUCUGACUCCUGCCUCUUUGUACGCCACAGCUCGACAUCCACUAUCUAUCUAUUCGCUUAUGCUGACAACAUUCUUGUUACUGGCCCAGGUGCAGAGGAAAUUGAAGGUCUAAUUCGCCAACUGCAUGUAGUCUUCACCCUUAAAGAUCUUGGUGAAAUGAGUUUCUUUUUCGGAGUUGAAGUGGUCAAAAGCUCACGGAAUGCUCUUCUUCUCAAGCAGUCGAAGUACAUCAAAGAGCUCCUAGGGAGGGCCAACAUGCGUGACUCCAAGCUAGUCCCAACUCCCAUGCUAAGCAGUCCCAAGCUCACAGCAACCCCCAGCUCCCCGUUUCACAAUCCCUCACUUUACCGGUCAGUGGUCGGUGGGCUUCAGUACACCACCAUCACUCAUCCUGAGAUUGCUUACUCUGUCAAUAAGGUGUCUCAGUACAUGCAUGCUCCAACAGACAAACAUUGGAAAGCGUUCAAACGUAUACUUCGUUUUCUAGCUAGGACAAUCAAUAUGGGGCUGCAGUUGCAUAAGAGUGAUAGCUUGAGGGUCAUGGCCUUCUGUGACUCGGACUGGGCCACGGAUGAUUGCAAGUCUGUCUCAGGGUACUGUGUCUUCUUUGGCUCAAACCUGGUCACUUGGUCCAGCAGAAAGAAACAGAUAUUCUCUAGAUCCAGCACUGAGGCUAAAUUCCAAGCUCUAGCCGAUACCAUGACGGACACCAUUUGGUUGCAAAAAACUACUACAAGAGAUGCAUCUACCACCUAG